AUGGAGUACGCUGGCGUAUGGACCGUGUUCAUGGACCAAGUGUACGCGUGGAUGAAUGCGAACACUUUCUUGAUUGGGUUGUACUGGAACCGUGGCACGACGAUCGAGUACUUCCACCACCCAAAGGGCCGAACGGGCGCUGGUAGCGGCCGGCGACCUCGAGUCGACCGCCUCCUCCGCCUCGACGAGCAGGGACACCACGCGCCGGACGGCGUCCCCAUCCAGUAUAGACGAUAUCAGCGGCUCCGUGUCGAGCUCGUCGAGGAGGAGGUCGAGCGCGUCGUCCUCCGCGUCGAGGAAGCGGGCCCCCAGGGUGUGUUCGUCGUCCGAUGCCGUGCUCCGGGAAGGCGAGUGGCGUGUCCAUGCUGGUGGCGCCUUUGCCCCCUGUCGCCCGCAGCUAAAGCAGCAGCAGCAUCCAUAACGGCCGCAGGCUUCUCCCCCUCCUCCUCCGCCGCCGGAUGCUCCAUCCUCAAGGGGAUCUCCGUCCGCGAGGUCGUUGGCUCGCGUGCGCAAGCACGAACGACAGGCGGCGGUUGUUUGGAUCAGGAUUCGGGGGACGUGUGUUGGGCGGCGGCGGUGAUUUGGCUCGGGAUCAUGAUGCGGCUCGGCAGGGGGAUCGUGAUGCGGCUCAGCAGGGGAUCGAUCAGGACGAACGAGAAAAAACAGUUCGACAAAGGGAGCGUGCACGGAAAAGCUUGACAGGCGACGAAACCGCGUGAAACCGCGUGUGAAGGGAACGGUCUAUAUUUUUCAAUAGGUAUAGACGAGACAUUUCAUUAUCAAAAUGUGAUGGCACACAAAAAAAAUACAAAAAUGUUGUGAUAUGCUUGGUUCUGGGUUGGAUCCUUGGCAUGUACGGUCGCCCGGAUUGUUAAAGAAAUACAAUGCACCUCCGAUUUUAUAAUUA